AUGUUUUCCAAAGUCCUCUUCGUCGCUGCUACCCUCGCUACUUUUGUCGCCGCCACUCCCGUCCCCGACGGGGUUUCUAACUCUUGCAACACUGGUUCCCUUCAGUGCUGCAACCAGACGUUCUCUUCUACGUCAGGAGAAGCCAACCUCUUGGGCGCCCUUCUGAACCUCAAUCUCGGCCAGCUCACUGGCCAGAUCGGCCUUAGCUGCACUCCUAUAAGCGUCAUAGGCCUCGGUCAAGGUGCCAGCUGCACUCAGCAACCCGUCUGCUGCAGUGGCAACACGUUCAAUGGCCUCAUCAACGUCGGCUGCACCCCCAUCAGCCUCUAA